CUGUUUAGAAAUGGCGGGUGCUUCGAAAGAAAAACAACUCGCCCGUCAAGUUUACAGUUUAUUGCAGGCUGUUUCCUGUCCCCUGAUGGAAGGUCUGUUCCUGCAGGAGGAGGACAGUAUACUCCAACUGCUCUGCUCUCCCUCUCAGUAUCGUACAGACAUACUCACCUGGAUCUGCAGCAGUAUAAACCCAAACUUCCUGAAUUCUAAAGCCUUGUUAGCGAAACCCAGAGACCCUGAAAUAAUGACUAAAGAAAUGGCUUUGCUGGGACAAGAGCUCAUGUUAUGUAAAGCUAAGGACUUGGAUCUGAUCAGGGGUUCCCAGAGUCCUGUGCGUCAGCUGGUCUUCCUGAAGCAGCUCUUGAGUCUAAUACCCGUCUCCACAAACUCUGACCCCAGUCCAGACUCCGACCCCAAACCAAACGUUGAGGCGGAGCUCCUCCUGAAUGAGCUGUACUCUGCAGAGAACCUGCCUCAGCUCCGUCACAUGAUCAGACCAGCUCUGGACCCGUGGCCUGCGCACAUCAGAUACGGAAUGCACAAACCGUCCAAAGAAGAAACUCUGGAUCUCACGGCUCUUUUGCUUUCAACUCAAACGGCCUUAGAGCAGCUAAAGACCGAGUGUGAUUUUCUGAAAGAUUCACAGAGCUCUGGUGUCUUCUCUUUGAGUGCGCUGAGAGUCGCAGCGGGCGACCUUCACCAGAUGAUGGCAGCGUUCAGACACAUUUAUGAAACUGAUUUGAAAUCCUACUGCAACAGAGCGCCCCCUAGUUUGAGCCCCGAGACCAAUAUUUUCAAGAGGGUGUACAAACUGAUGACUGCCUGCAAUACGGAUUUAGAAAUAUUAAAUGAACUUUCGGAGGCGUCUGAGGCCAUGACAAAGGAAGUGCACCAACUACAGACCCAGCCGCGGUACUGGAGCAGAGGGGAAAAGCACACGCUGCCCGACCAGUUGGAGGAGCUGACUAGACGCUAUCGAGAGUUCCUGUCACUGCUUCAUACUUAGAAAAAAAUGUUUAUUUGUACAACUUUUAUAUGUAAAAAUCUAAACACUGGGUGGAUGGAUAUGAAAUAACAAAAUUAGCUAAUAAAAGGACUUAAUUUUAAAACUGUGGUCAUCAAAAUAGCUCAGAUUUGUUCAAACUUGUCAACUAGGCAUAACCAAGUGAAUCAUUAAACAUAACAAACAUGGGGCCAACAGUAUAUAAACAGUACUGUGUUCUAGUUCUAGCAUUGUGGGUGAAGUACUCUACAGGGGUAGUAGUCUAAGUAGAGAAUAGCAGA